CAAGCAAGUUGUUGAGUUUUAUUUGUCCCAACAGACGUCGAAGAAGUGUGCUCUCCAGUUUUCUGUGCAUGCAGGACGGUGGUGCAGGCAGACAUAGUGUUUCUGGUGGAUGAGUCAUGGAGUGUGGGCCAGACCAGCUUCUCCAGUGUCAAAAACUUCAUCUCCGCCAUCGUCUCCUCCUUCCAGGACAAUGUGGUGGGACCUGAGGGGGUACGCUUUGGAGUCACUGUCUUUGGGGAUAUUGCAAGGAUGCGGAUUGCUUUGACAGACUACAGCUCACUGGAGGAGGUGCUCAGAGCCAUCAGAGACCUCCCCUAUGAGGGUGGAUCCAGGAGAAUUGGCGAUGCCCUCCAGUUUCUCGUUGACCCCGUGUUCAGCCCUGUUAUCAGUAGAGACCAUGCACCAAAGAUUGCUGUAAUGAUCACAAACGGACGUUCAGACGACCAGGUCGAUGCCGCAGCCAGAGCUGUAGCUGACAAUGGGAUUUCUCUCUUUGCAGUAGGUGCUUGGGGAGCUGAUGAGUCAGAGCUGAGGAGGAUUGUGACAGAGCCACAUGAGGAGUACUUAUUACUGGGCGCUGACUACUCUCGCCUUGACACCAUUCUUCCCAAACUGUCCCGCAGAGUGUGUUUUACUGCCUCUGAACCACCACGUCCUGUGAAAACCUCCCCACCUGUUGAAGAGCCUGUGGUUGGUCCCAGAGACCUUCUAGUUAGCGAGUUGGCCCACAGUUCCCUCAGACUGACAUGGAGCCAGGCAACAGGUGAUGUCACCGGAUAUCGUCUCCUGGUCUACCCUCUUAGUUCGAGUGGACCCGUCCCCCCAAGACAGAAACAACUUGAUCUGAAAGCAGAUGUGAGUACAGCAUUGGUGACGGAGCUUAGUCCUAAAACAGACUAUUCCCUCACUGUCUACGCCAUCUACCCCAGCCUCAUAGGAAACUCUGCAACAAUCAAUGUCCAAACAACCCCGUUGCCUCAGGUAUCAAACUUCCGUGUCAUUGAGGAGGGCCUGUUCUCCCUGCGCCUGGGCUGGACGCCUCCUCUGGGGAAGCUCAAUGGAUUCAAGAUCUUCAUCCCAAGAUCCAAUCGUCCAGGAUUUACUUAUGAAAACAUGCUUCCUGGAGACACUUCUUCUCAUGUGAUCGACAGCCUGGAGGAGGAUAAGAAGUACAUAAUCAGUAUUUAUGCUGUUUACCCUGAGGGACCAAGUGAAACGGUUUCGAUAGUGGGCAAGACAUUAAAGCUGGUACCAGUUAAGAAGUUCCUGGUCCAAAACGCCACCACAGACACUGUCCAGGCGAGGUGGGCAUCGGUUAAGGGUGCCACUGGAUACCGUCUUACAUGGGAAGCCCCAGAUGGCCACAUAGAGAACAUAAACCUUGGGGACAACUUUAACUUCUACAUGAUCCAGGGCCUGCACUCAGCCUCUGAGUACACUGUCACCAUCAACCCCAUCUUUGGAGACAUUGAGGGGCCCAUCACCACCACCAAAAUCAAGACAUUGGAAAGCAGUGCAGUACAAACUUUGAAGGUGUCUGCUGUGAGCACCAGUACUGCAGUCGUCUCAUGGAACAGUGUCCCAGGAGCCACAGGAUACAGACUGGCCUGGGGUCCCACUCCAGAGUUUGUCGGUCGGGACCGUCCCAGGCAGUUGGCUCUGAACGGCAGCACCACAGAAUACCAGCUGAAAAAUGUAGCUCAUGAUACCGAGUAUGUCCUGUCUCUCUACGUGCUGUUUGGAUCUGUGGUGGGGCCUGGUAUCAGUGCUACCUUCAGAACUUCUCCGUUGGGGUACGUGUCAAACUUCAAGGUGUCGUCCUACACCAGUACGUCCAUAGACGUGGAGUGGAGUGCCAUUGUUGGGGCUACUGAGUACAAACUGUCGUGGAGCACAGGUGACAGCAGCCCUCAGUCCCAUUACCUGGACCGCAGUGUUCUCUUUCAUCGUAUUGAAGACCUGAACCCACAGUCCACCUACACAAUCACUAUCCGUGCAGUGUACGGCAACUCAGAGGGGCCUGAAAUCUCCUUAUCUCAGCUCACGGCUGCUGUCUCAGACUCUCAGCCAAUCCAGGCAGUGAAGGAGGUAAAGGUUGUUGACAUUGGAGUCAACGCCUUCACUCUGUCCUGGAGGAAAACACCAGGGGCAUCUGGGUACAAAAUCUCCUGGAUCCCCUUUCUGGGGGGUAAUGAGAAGACGCACGUGGUAUCUGCUACUUCCACCACAUAUACCAUCCACAAGCUGCGGGAGAGCUCAGCUUAUAAGAUUCAGGUGUCCUCCAUGGUGGGCAACAGGGAGGGAAGUCCAGUCCUGCUUACUGCACGCACCUUGGAUCUUCCAAAAGUGAAUGACUUUGCUGCUCUGAACACAACAGACAGCAGCACUGUUCUGAACUGGACACGUGUGGCUGGUGUUUCUGGAUACCUUCUUUCCUGGAGGCACAUCUCAGUGUUGGAGACUAAAACAGAGACUCUGGGCCCUGGUUUCACCUCCUAUAAGAUCAGUGAUUUGCUGUAUGGAAGAACCUAUAUUUUUACCAUCAGACCUUUGUAUGGAGAAGUGGAGGGCCCUAUAAGCACAGUGUAUCAGAGAAUAUUGGGACCGGAUCGUCCGUCGAUAACGGUCCAGUCUGUGCCAACCACAGUUGGCCCUCAUAUAACAACUGCCUCCAUCACUCAAACAGCCAUCAGGACCACCCGGCACCCCAUUGCGUUGCCACCAACUAAAUCCAUAACAACCAAGAAACCUCCAGGCCAGCCAAGUAUCACUGGAGCCAAAACAGCAGAAGUCACCCCCUUUAAAUUGACAACAGUGAAUGCCGAGACAACGGCUCCACCAAGACCAGUGUGUGGUAAGGCCAAAGCAGACAUAGUAUUCUUAGUGGAUGAGUCCUCCAGCAUCGGAGCUAACAACUUCAUCAAGAUGAAAGACUUCAUAUUCCGAGUGGCCACUUACUUCCCUGUCAUUGGUCCUCAGGGCACGCAGGUAGCUGUGGUUCAUUACAGCGAUGAGCCCCGCAUUGAAUUCCGCCUAAGUGACUUCAAAGACAGAAACUCUGUGCUCAGGGCGCUGAGAGCGCUGCGUUAUGGAGGUGGCAACACCAAAACAGGUCAGUGA